AGCGCAGCCAGCCUCCCGCCGCGGUGGAGGCGGAAGAGCGAAGUAGUAGCGGCGGCCUUGCCUGGCGCCCCCUGAGUUUAUAUGCAGCUGGACGGGUUUCUGCUCGCCCUAGAGAAGAAAGAGAAGGGGCAGCAGCGGGACCGCGGCUCACCUUCCCCGGCCAUGUGCUCGGUAAGCGAGGCCAGCAGCACAGAGCCCUUGGUGGCCCGCUUCAAACAGGUGGAGGAAACGCUGGAGAAGCUGCACCGGGAAAACAGGAGCUUGAAGAACAAAGUGCCUCGGUACAACGCGCUCUGCACCUUGUAUCACGAGUCGGCGCAGCAGCUGAAGCAGCUCCAGCUGCAGCUGGCCGCCAAGGAAGCGACGAUCCAGGAGCUGCGGGGCAGCCUGGCCCGGCAGCAGCAAGCGGGCAGCGAGGCGGGGGCGGCGGGCGCGGAGCCGGCCCGCUCGCUGGUAGAGAGCCUGCUGGAGCAGCUGGGCCAGGCCAGGGAACACCUCAGAGACAGCGAGAGGCUCUCGGCCAAAAGAGUGGAAGCUCUCAGCCAGGAAGUACAGAAGUUGAAUCAGCAACUAGAGGAGAAAAAUGGAGAGAUACAGCAGAUGAUAAAUCAGCCUCCAUAUGAAAAGGAGAGAGAAAUCUUAAAACUCCAGAGGAGCUUGGCAGAGAGGGAGAAAGCUCAGGCCACCAGCGAUGUUUUGUGUCGUUCGCUCGCCGAUGAAGCUCACCAACUCCAACGCAAGUUAGCAUCCACAGCAGAAAUGUGUCAACACCUGGCCAAAUGUCUGGAAGAUAAGCAAAGAAAAGAGAAGGGGAAUUCAGAUGACCAGAUAGCUACAGAAAGAUCUAACCAGCUUUUAGAGAGUGAAACUUCACUUCAAGCUCUUAUUUGCAACCUACAAGAUGAAAACAGGAUGCUAAGACAAAAAGUAGCUCACGUGGAAGACUUGAAUGCCAAAUGGCAGAGGUACGAUGCAAGCAGGGAUGAGUAUGUGAAGAGACUCCACUUGCAACUAAAGGAGAUGAAGUCCCGGCUGGACCAGCAGCACGGAGUGAGCUCAGCACAAACCAAUUCUGACCUGAUGCACAAAGAGAUAUUCCGGUUAAACAAGCUGCUGGAAGAAAAAAUAAAGGAAUGCAUCAAAACAAAGAGAGAGUUGGAAGAUAUGAAGAAGACUAGCGAGGGAGACACUGAGCGCAUACAAAUGCUGGAACAACAGGUGCUAGUGUAUAAAGAUGAUUUCACAUCUGAGAGGUCAGACCGAGAACGAGCACAGAGCAAAAUACAAGAGCUGCAGGCAGAAGUUGCAUGCCUGCAACACCAGUUAGCAAGAAGACAGGUAAGAAAGCAACAUGCUACUCUUGCAGACACAAGAGACACGAAUAGUCAUUUCAGAGGUCACACUGGCAACCAAAAUCAUAUGUACCCCCAGACGAACGUUGAACACCUGCGAGGCAAUAGCCCAGGCCAAACAGGCAUGAGAAGAACAUCUUCACAGUCUGAGCAAGCUUCUCCUCCUGUGGACAAUGGAAACUCAGGAUCUGAGGGCAGGGCCCAGGGUGAACUUAGAUGUCCUCAUUGUAUGAGGUUUUUCAGUGAUGAACUCAGUGAUGAAUUCCUCAAGCACGUUACUGAAUGUUGUCAGUGACCGUGUGCUGUGAGGCGCAUCAAUCGAUCACUACUUCACAGACAGUAAACCUUUGCUCUGUAGGCAUCUCCUACAGUUCUAAACCAAGAGUAACUCACAUGGACGGCUCUUAGGCUGAACAAUAUCUACCUCUUACCUGAUGUCACCUUCUUUUGGACUUCAGGAUAAAGCAAAGUGGUUUUAUGAAGAAUUAUUUUUGACAGCUAUGAGGAAGGUGACAUAAUGCAAAUUCUGCUGCAAACUAAACAGAAACCUACAGUGGUAGCUAGGUCCAGGGAGCGGCUUGACUCCUGUUCAAGUCGAACUCUUCACAGCAGCCUAAAGGCCUGUGAAAAAAAAAAUUUACUGAGCUUGAAAUUUUCCUUCUCUUCCAAAAAAUCCAGGCUGAAAGACAGGGGAGGAGCAUUUUGGCAAAAGAAAGGAAAAAAAAUCCUCUUGUGCUUUAUGUGGAUUAAAAGCAAAAGUGCUGCUCUGUCUGCUGAACUUUCGGCCCCCUCACCUGAAAAUCCUUGCCAUCCCCUGAAAUCAGGA